AUGUUAUCCUCUACUGCUGCCCCCUAUGCAUUGAGGACGGACAAGCUAAAGCCACUUGAGGGCUGCGCAGCUAGUUGCCCCACCUCAACUGCAGAAGCGGCAUCACAAGUUACACCCUUACUGCAGCCGGUCGUUCUCGUCAUCUGCGGCAGUUUUAACCCCAUCCACAACGCGCAUCUAAAGCUUUACGACGCCGCGAAACGAUCCAUAGAGGGCGUUGAUGGCCGUGUGGUUCUUGGCGGCUUCCUUUCACCUGUCGGUGACGCCUACGGCAAACCGGGAUUGCGCUGUGCGGCUGAUCGUGUGCAGGUCAUGGAGAAGGCACUUUGUCACCACCCUGAACUCAAUGUCGACACGUGGGAGUGCCAGCAGCCCACGUACACGCGCACCUUCUUUGUGCUGCGCGCGCUGGAGGAGCACGUCAACGCUUGGUAUGCUCAAUCGGAGCCAGCGGCCAUGGAGUGGCUUACCUCGCAUGGACGCCACGUGCGCGUUGUUUUCGCAUGUGGCGCCGAUCUCUUCUUCUCCUUUUGGCGCCCAGGCUGCUGGUCGCUGUGCCUGCUGCGACAACUCCUCGACUCCUUCCCGCUGGUUGUUGUCCAACGCGGCGGUGCUCGAGGCAACAUCAGCGACUCCGAUGACUUCGCGCGUGUGUGCCAGACGGCUCCGCUUCUGUGGGAGACGGCGGAGGAUGGAGAGAGAAUUGAGAUCGACAUGUUGCGAUAUACCUUUACUUUCGCGGCCUUUUCCGUGCCCGACGACACAUCCUCGACAGCAGUGCGGAAUGCGGUGAUGGAACUUGCAAAGAUGCCGGUAGACGAAGUGACGGCGCGCACAGCGCUGCAGUCGCGUCUCCGCACCAUGCUCCCCGAGGCGGCAAUCCAGCUGGUGGUGGAUCUCUACGGAGAGGGGCUUCCGUCCUGA